AUGCCUCUUGUAACUAUCAAUCAGUCGCUCCGUGACUCUCUCAAGAAACACGACAUCAUCCCCGAUGUCGUCGACGACUUCACCCCCAGCACCAUGAUCUCCGUCAUCUACCCCGGCAACAACGACGUCUCCCUCGGCAACACGCUCAAACCCAGCGAAACCCAAAAGCAGCCCCAGCUCCAGAUCAUGCCCGAGGACUCGGACUCCAGCAAGACCUACACCGUGGUGCUCACGGACCCGGACGCACCCUCGCGCGAUGACCACAAGUGGUCCGAGUUCUGCCACUGGAUCAUGACGGACGUCAAGGUGGCGUCUCCGGACGUAGUCACGGCCGCGGCGAACGCAGACACGCUGGGGAUCGACUUGUCGAAGGCCACGCAGGUCGUCGAGUACAUGGGCCCAGCGCCGCCGGAGAAAACAGGGAAGCAUAGGUAUGUGUUCCUGCUGUACAAAGGCUCGGGGAAGAAGGUCGAGGCGCCGUCGGAUAGGAAGAAGUGGGGGCAUGCGGACUCGGCGGAGAGGAAGGGGGCGAAGAUAUGGGCGGAUAAGUAUGGGUUGGAGCUCAUAGGGGCCAACUUCUUCUAUGCGCAGAACGACAAGCAGUAA